GUUUGCUCUGCUGGCACCCCGCCGCGAUGCCUCUGCGCCACCCGCUUUGGACCCCUGUAACUGCUUGAGUCCGAACCGCGGGCCUCCCUCCACCCGACUCCUGCCCCCUCUUGGGCCUCGUGGCCCCGUCUCCUCCCACUUCUCUGAGUCUCGUCUCGGUCGUGGCGUCCACUCCCCUCUCCUGCUUCUGACCUCUUCCUUCGUCCCUUUCUGGUGUCCCCAAACCACCGCCUUGUCUACGUGAAGCUCUCCUUGGGAUCUCCUCUGACCCCGGCGUAUCCUUGGCUCCUGCCUUCCUCGUCCUGUCCUCCGUCUUGGCGCUCUUCCCUCAUUCCUGCCCUUUGCUUCUCCUGCUGCCAGACCCCUCCCCGCGUUCCGGUCACCCAUCCUCUUCCUCAGGGUGCUGUGAGGCUUUUCCAUCCGUGCCUGCUGUCCCUGUCCGCCUAAGCCUCUCCUGCCCUGGCUCCCAGAGGCCCUGUGUUUCCCUUCUCUGAUUUCCUUCACAUCUGCCCUGUCCCCUGCAUUCCUGUCACCCACUUCGUUUCCGCUCCCGGUUCUUGGCCUCCGCUUCUGGGGGAAGCCUGAGCUGCACAGCACUUCUCUGCUGUCCCUUAACCUGCAGCCGAGAUACCCCCGGAGGGAGGGGGUUGCAACUCCCCCUCCCCCCCACUGAGUGGAGGGCCGAGGUGUGAAGUAACAGCCUCCUCAGGAAGAAUCGCCUCUGCCCAGCCUUCCAUUGCCACCUGUGGUCCCGUAGACCUCUUUGCAGAGGGCCUGCUGGAGGACGGCCAGUGUCAGGCACUGGUCUGGGAAGUGAGUGUCACGUGGUGUUUUGGGCAUGCACAUAGUACCCACGCAGUGGCUUUUAUUCACCGACAGAUGAAGACCGAUGCACUGAAGAGGCCGACGGGCUCUGCCCUGUAGAGGUCCGUCUGCGCCCAGACCCAGAUGAUGCCAGAGCUAUGACCGGGCCUGCAGGCGUGGUGCCGAGGGGAGAUCAGCCAUGGAGCAGCCACAGGAGGAGACCCCUGAGGUCCGGGAAGAGGAGGAGAAGGAGGAAGUGGCCGAGGCUGAAGGAUCCCCAGAGCUCAACGGGGGACCAGAGCACCCACUUCCCUCCAGCAGCUACACAGACCUCUCCCAGAGCUCCUCGCCAUCCUCACUGCUGGACCAGCUGCAGACAGGCUGUGAUGGGGCCUCAGGCGGCAGCCUCAACAUGGAGUGCCGGGUGUGCGGGGACAAGGCAUCGGGCUUCCACUACGGCGUCCACGCGUGUGAGGGCUGCAAGGGCUUCUUCCGCCGGACGAUCCGCAUGAAGCUGGAGUACGAGAAGUGCGAGCGGAGCUGCAAGAUCCAGAAGAAGAACCGCAACAAGUGCCAGUACUGCCGCUUCCAGAAAUGCCUGGCCCUGGGCAUGUCGCACAACGCCAUCCGCUUUGGCCGGAUGCCAGAGGCUGAGAAGCGGAAGCUGGUGGCGGGGCUGACGGCAAGCGAGGGGAGCCAGCACAACCCCCAGGUGGCUGACCUGAAGGCCUUCUCCAAGCACAUCUACCACGCCUACCUGAAAAACUUCAACAUGACCAAAAAGAAGGCCCGCAGCAUCCUCACCGGCAAGGCCAGCCACACGGCGCCCUUUGUCAUCCACGACAUCGAGACGUUGUGGCAGGCGGAGAAGGGCCUGGUGUGGAAGCAGCUGGUGAACGGCCUGCCGCCCUACAAGGAGAUCAGCGUGCACGUCUUCUACCGCUGCCAGUGCACCACGGUGGAGACCGUGCGGGAGCUCACCGAGUUCGCCAAGAGCAUCCCCAGCUUCGGCAGCCUCUUCCUGAACGAUCAGGUGACCCUCCUCAAGUAUGGCGUGCACGAGGCCAUCUUCGCCAUGCUGGCCUCCAUCGUCAACAAAGACGGGCUGCUGGUGGCCAACGGCAGUGGCUUCGUCACCCGUGAGUUCCUGCGCAGCAUCCGCAAGCCCUUCAGUGACAUCAUCGAGCCCAAGUUCGAGUUUGCUGUCAAGUUCAACGCGCUGGAACUUGACGACAGCGACCUGGCUCUGUUCAUCGCGGCCAUCAUUCUGUGCGGAGACCGGCCGGGCCUCAUGAACGUGCCACAGGUGGAGGCCAUCCAGGACACCAUCCUGCGUGCCCUCGAGUUCCACCUGCAGGCCAACCACCCAGACGCCCAGUACCUCUUCCCCAAGCUGCUGCAGAAGAUGGCCGACCUGCGGCAGCUGGUCACCGAGCACGCCCAGAUGAUGCAGCGGAUCAAGAAGACCGAGACAGAGACCUCGCUGCACCCCCUGCUCCAGGAGAUCUACAAGGACAUGUACUGAGGGGUGGCACCCAGGCCUCCCGCAGGCUCCAGUGGGUCGGGCACUGGGGGAGCCGCUCCUGAGACUUUCCGUUGGCCAGCCGUGAGCGCUCGGCACGGCCUGGGGCGGCGGCUCUCAGACACACACGCCUCUGCCUCCCUUUCUUCCUCUCCUGAACCCCCAGCCCUGUCUGUCUGUGUUGUGUCCCUCUCUCUCGGUCUCUCUGUUUCUCUUGCCUCCUUUUCGCUCUCCCCUGGCCCCGCGUCUGUGCGUCUGUCCCUCUCUCGUUCUGUUUGAGUUACUUCACCAGCAGCGUAGAACAGGACCUCUGCUUGUGCCCACCUUCCCCGGGAGCAGAAGGGGACCUUAGCGCACCUGCAGGCUUAGGGGCCUCGCCGUCCCGUCUUCAGAGCAGACGUGAGCCAGCCAAAGAAACACUAAGCUCUGUGGGCCUGGCUUCCCAGGGAAGCCACGUGAGGCCUGCACUGACCACAGCAGCCACCUGUAGUCAUGGGGUCCCUGCUGCAGAGUGCCAGGGGCCCGGGCUGAGAGCCAGACUGUCACCACCCACCCAAGGCCGACAGCCCGAGUCAGCCAGCAGCCCCAGCAGCAGCGCGUCCCUGCCUGCCGACACCCAGCACCCUUCCGUUCCGCACACCAGUCUUCCCGGCCAAGGUCACUGACGGCCCCUGCGCUGGCCGCUGGGGACACCCCCCGCCUGGAAGGGGGUGGAGUUCCCUCCAGGUGGGGGACACGAGCCCCUGUUGGAGAGGAGCAAGUCUCGAGGGAGGAAUGGGCGACCGGUGGGGAAGGAGAGUAGUCACUUCACUGUGGCCCCAGGACUCGGGCUCAGAAGCCAGGGAGGGCUUGGCAGCCUCCCCUGUCAGCACCCCACAUUGUGACCGCUCCUUUAUCUGGCCAGGACGCUGGCACUGGCCCCAGCUCCUGCCCUGACACUCCCUGGAGCGGCCACUCCGCCGUACCCCCAAGCACUGAGAUCACUUUACCUGCAGGUGCCCUGUGCCCUCCUCCCCCAGUGAGUGCCCGGAGACAGGCCACGCAGCCCGAGGUGGCAGGCAGGGCUGUGCUACUGUCCCUGUGCUGGGCCGGCUCUGCCCAGCAGCUGCACCCGACGGGCCUCCAGGACUGACACUGCAACAUCCACGUGGCCCCGUGGCUCUGCCGCCACCCCCACCAUGUUUGGCCAGCUCGUCACCUGGCACUGUCCUUGCACAGCCUCUGGUGACCAGGGACCUUGCUGGACCCAGGCCCUCACCUCCGGCCCCAGCUCCUGCCCUCUUCUGCUCCAUGCGGAGGUGCACGCCCCUCUGGGGAGGGCCUGGCACAGCUGGGGUGCUGAGCAGGAGGGCGGCGCCAGCCAGGCUACUCUUCCAGGAGAAAACUGGCCUGCAGGGCCGGGUGGGCCGGGGUCUCCGAGCAGGGUGGCGGCAGAACUGGGCUUAGAGCCAGUGUCCUGGGUCUUGUCUGUCCUCCCCCACUGACCAGCUCCAGGAGGGAGAGUCCUGGGCAGAGUCCAGCAUCUGCCCUGCCGGCCCUGUGGCCUUCCGCACCCCCCAGGGCCCUGCUCCCCUGGCAGGUUCUUCCCUCUCACCCGCUGACCAGCAACUGGGGUCCGGCCCGGGCCCAGGCUGUGAAGGGGGAGCUGCUGUGCCUGACGCUCCCCACCAGGCCCUGACCGGCCCAGGGCUGGUGCUGAGAACACAGCUCUUCUCUGUCUGAACAAUCUCCAGAAUUAAAAUGUAUAUUUUUGCUAGGAGCCCCAGCUUCCUGUGUUUUUAAUAUAAAUAGUGUAUACAGACUGAUGGAACUUUAAAUAAAUGGGAAUUAAAUAUUUAA